AGAAAGGUGGGAGGGAGAGAGUCACGUAUGUGCACAAAGUUAAAUGGCAUAGUGGUGUUCCCUGUGUCAAGCUUGGUAAAUAUCCAGAAUGGGGUGGAUUCUUUAUUCAUGUUUUUAAUAAAAUGAGGAGUGAUCGCAAGGUAAUCUAGAGGCAUGUAGUUUCAGUUCCUGUGAUGGGGACCAUCAGUAAUAAAACCAGGCCUGUGGUGCUGUUUUGAGUGGUGUGAACGCCGUACCCAUUGGACAGCUGGUGAGGAGGCCUUUGUGGAAGAAUCUAAUGUCUGAGUUUGGUUCUCAACUAGCAGAGGACAACCCUCACUGGCUGAUGAAUGAUGAGCUUCUUUGAAGCCUGCUGUGCAAGGAUUGUGGCUUCCCCCUGAACUGCUCCUUUCUUGCCUCAAAGGUGGAGCUGAUCAGAAUAAUGUUCAGCAUCAACCCCCUGGAGAACCUGAAGGUGUACAUCAGCAGUCGGCCUCCCCUGGUGGUCUUCAUGAUCAGCGUGAGUGCCAUGGCCAUAGCUUUUCUGACCCUGGGCUACUUCUUCAAAAUCAAGGAGAUUAAAUCACCAGAAAUGGCAGAGGAUUGGAAUACUUUUCUGCUACGGUUCAAUGAUUUGGACCUGUGUGUAUCAGAGAAUGAAACGCUAAAGCAUCUCACAAACGACACCACAACUCCGGAAAGCACAAUGACCAGCGGGCAGGCCCGAGCUUCCACCCAGUCCCCCCAGGCCCUGGAGGACUCGGGCCCUGUGAAUAUCUCAGUCGCAAUCACCCUAACCCUGGACCCACUGAAACCCUUCGGAGGGUAUUCCCGCAACGUCACCCAUCUGUACUCAACCAUCUUAGGGCAUCAGAUUGGACUUUCAGGAGAAGGGCUAGAAGGCAGUGGAAGCUGGAAUAAUCGGGAAAGGCUUCAUGCCACUGAGCACAUGUCUUUCCUCCUUCUCUUCCCCUGCAGACAGCCACCACACUGUGUUCCUGACACAUACAGCAACGCCACGCUCUGGUACAAGAUCUUCACAACUGCCAGAGAUGCCAACACAAAAUACGCGCAAGAUUACAAUCCUUUCUGGUGUUACAAGGGGGCCAUUGGAAAAGUCUAUCAUGCUUUAAAUCCCAAACUUACAGUGAUUGUUCCAGAUGAUGACCGUUCAUUAAUAAAUUUGCAUCUCAUGCACACCAGUUACUUCCUCUUUGUGAUGGUGAUAACGAUGUUUUGCUAUGCUGUUAUCAAGGGCAGACCCAGCAAAUUGCGUCAGAGCAAUCCUGAAUUUUGUCCCGAGAAGGUGGCUUUGGCUGAAGCCUAAUUCCACAGCUCCUUGUUUUCUGAGAGAGACUGAGAGAACCAUAAUCCUUGCCUGCUGAACCCAGCCUGGGCCUGGACGCUCUGUGAAUACAUUAUCUUGCGAUGUUGGGUUAUUCCAGCCAAAGACAUUUCAAGUGCCUGUAACUGAUUUGUACAUAUUUAUAAAAUUCUAUUCAGAAAUUGGUCCAAUAAUGCACGUGCUUUGCCCUGGGUGCAGCCAGAGCCCUACAGCCCCACCUUGGACUUGAGGACCUACCUGAUGGGAUAUUUCCACAUGUCUCUAGAGAAGGAUUUCCUGGAUCUAGCUGCGUUGGAGCUGGUCACGACGAUGUUUUCACUAAGGUCACGGGUGUGUUACGUCACUGGUGGGGUUGAAGUUUGGUUUGGUUCUUGUUUCGGCCCAGUAUGUAGAGAACGUUUGAAACAGUCUGCACCUUUGAUACAGUAUUGCAUUUCCAAAGCCACCAAUCCAUUUUGUGGAUUUUAUGUGUCUGUGGCUUAAUAAUCAUAGUAACAACAAUAGUACCUUUUUCUCCAUUUUGCUUGCAGGAAACAUACCUAAGUUUUUUUUAUUUGUUUAUUUUUUUCCUUUAUAAAGAAAAAAUAAAAUAGUCUCAUUUUAAUACUA